AUGAAGGGUGUCGAAAGUAUCAGCGAAGAAUAUCACAAGGAAAUGGUCGAGGAAGCUAUUCUACUCUUCGUCACUGCUUUCCUCCUCCUUAUCCCUGGACUCGGCGAGAUUGCCGAUUCCGUAGAACUCACCUCUGUUGCUGCCGCACUCAGAGCUAUCGGCGCAGCCGGUGAUGCGGGAUUUGAAAUUUAUAGCGUCGUGAGUGUCAAGGAUGCGGGUGCCAGUGAAAUUUUCCUUGCUCUUCUAGGUGGCUUGGGUAUACUUGAUAUGCUUAAAGCGCCAUCCCUUUUUGCAAAGGCCGCCAAAGCGACAAGGGGAAUGGAUGCGGGGGAUAUUGCAAAGCUGGGAGAGGAAGUUAAAGGGGGGAUGGCUGAGAUCGACAAGUUGAAGCAGCUUUGCCGUUAG